AUGUCACAUCCGCCCCAACAAUCUCCCGAGCAAGUUGUUGAAGAGAUCAGACAAAAAAUCCAAAAAGAGCGUAAGAUCAUUCAAGGUUUCAACAAUGUUAAAAAAAACACCAAUAAUCCAGAAGUCAUCCAAAAAUGUAAAUCCAAAAUCAUCGAAUCACAGUCGGUAAUUGACUAUUAUGAACAGACUAUGAAUAAAUUGACAAGACAAAUGCAAAGAUUAAAUACACAUGGUAGUAAUGAAACGGCUACUGCUGAUGGUAGAAGUUCUGUUGUAUCUGAGUACAAACAGAAUUAUUCCAAUUUUGAUUUGAUCAAAUAUGAAUGUCCCUCCCUUGGAAAUAAGAUCCAGUACAUGUUACAAUAUUUAGAGUUCAAACUUCAAGUAGAAAAUAAGUAUUCCGAAGCAAACAAAAAGUUGUCACACCUUUAUCUCAUGGAUGGUGACAAAUCAUCAAGUAAUGCUGCUGCAGGUGGCAAAGCGGAAAGUGACCAAAGAAUCCACUUAUUGGAAAAGGCAUUGAAGAAGUAUCAAAAAUUUAGUAUCAAUGAUCAUGAAUUUGAUCGUGAUUUUGAGAUUAUGGAUGGUACCAAGCACUCAAGAAAACUUUUGACAGGUAGAUUAACUGUUUCUGUCACCUGUAUUAGAGAUGUUGAUCAUAUCGCCACAGCACCAAUGAAGAAACGUGAGACCAUAAUAGUGGUCAAAAUUGAUGAUUUGGAAAAGGCACGAACAAAACCAUCGAAGAACGACAAUUGGAAUGAAGAAAUGAUUAUUGAUGUUGAUAAAAGUCAUGAAAUAGAAUUAUCUGUGAUGGAUAAACAAAAUGGAGUCUAUGUUCCGGUUGCCGUCAAUUGGCUUUCUCUUUUUGAUUUGGCAGAAGAAAUUCGUAAAAGGAAAGUUGCCAAAGACCAAGGUUCAAGUGGUUGGUUACCAGCAUCCAAUUUCCCACAAAACGGUGGAUCUAGUGGUAAUUUAGGCACUAUUGGUGGUAGUUAUGGAGCUACAUCACCAUUACCUCCAAAUGAUGAUUUGACACCAUCAAGAUCUCCGAAUCAGGAAGCCAAGGAUGCCAAUAUUCUGGUCAGCACAUGGUUGAGUUUGGAACCGGGUGGUCAAAUGUUGGUCAAUUUGAAUUUUGAAAAAUCGCUUACCCAAGGAAAACAAUUUAGAGGUCCAUUGGGCCGUCAUGGUGCCAUUCGUCAAAAAAAGGAAGAAGUUUUCGAGAAACAUGGUCACCAAUUUGUCCAGAAACAAUUUUACAAUAUUAUGUCUUGUGCCCUUUGUGGGGAAUUUUUGCGUUAUACUGGUUAUCAAUGUCAAGAUUGUAAGUUCUUGUGUCAUAAAAAGUGUUACCAAAAAGUUGUUACGAAAUGUAUUUCUAAAUCUGGUUCUGAUUAUGAUGCUGCUCAAUUAAACCAUCGUAUUCCUCAUAGAUUUGAACCAGUUACCAAUCAUGGUACAAAAUGGUGUUGUCAUUGUGGUUAUCUUUUACCUUGGGGUAAAAAGAAUGUUCGAAAAUGUACCGAAUGUGGCGUCAUGUGUCAUGCUCAAUGUACUCAUUUAGUUCCUGAUUUCUGUGGUAUGUCUUUGCAAAUGGCUAAUGAGAUCCUUGCUACGAUUGAGUCUACCAAGCUUUCACCGAAGAAACCGGUUACUUCUAGACAGAGGUCACAACCACAAUUAGGAAAACAAUUACCACCAAGACCUUCAACCGAAGUUGAAAAGAAGGAAUCAUUGGACUCUGGUGAAACAUUGCACACUAAUGAAGAGUCAUAUAAGUCAUUAAGACCUGCCUCAAUUGCUCAUGCAGAUUUGGAUUAUGUUUCAAAGUUGCCAACUACUGUACAGAACAAAUACCAAGAACCGGUUGAAUUACCUCAACAACAUCAAGUCACAAAGCGUCGUGCACCAGAUACAUCUGAUCUUAGUUUUGAUACCAGUUAUGUUCAAUCAUCCCAACAACAGCAACAGCAGCAACAGCAGCAGCAACAACAAGACUAUGAUCCUCGCCGCGUUCUGGGAGAACAAAGACAUGGAAUACCUCCUGUCGUUUCAGAAGAUUAUUCUAUGGAACAACAACCUCAACAUGAACAAGAGGUUGAAGAUGUUGUGAUGGAAGAUGUAAAGAAUGAUUUUAGUGACUUUGAUUACCACAAUAAGCAUACUAGAAAUGAAAUUCUUUCCAAUGUACAAGAAGAAGAUAUGCGCAGUCCAUUUGCGGAUCAAGUCGAACCACAUGUUCCACAAACAGCUGUUCACCAUCAAAAUAAACAAGUCCAACAAGUUCAACAGGAAGAGAUUACACAUCACAGAAGUCACUCUAGUGGUAAAUCCGGAAAAUCCAAGCGUCGUAAGAGAAAAGUUGGGUUGGAUGAUUUCCAAUUUUUGGCAGUUUUGGGUAAGGGUAAUUUUGGUAAAGUUAUGUUGGCUGAAUCAAGACAUACCGAUAAAUUAUGUGCAAUCAAAGUUUUGAAGAAGGAUUUCAUUGUUGAAAAUGAUGAAGCAGAAAGUGUCAAAUCAGAAAAGAGAGUAUUUUUAACGGCUAAUAGAGAAAUGCAUCCAUUUUUGUUGAAUUUGCAUUGCUGUUUCCAAACGGAGAAUAGAAUCUAUUUUGUUAUGGAGUAUAUUUCCGGUGGUGAUUUGAUGUGGCACAUCCAAAAGAAUAGAUUUACUGCGAAGAGAGCCAAGUUUUAUGCUUGUGAAGUUCUUUUAGGUUUGAAAUAUUUCCAUGAUAAUGGUAUUGUUUAUCGUGAUUUGAAAUUGGAUAAUAUCUUACUUACCACUAAAGGUCAUAUCAAAAUUGGUGAUUAUGGUUUAUGUAAAGAAAACAUGUGGCAUAAGAGCACCACUUCCACCUUCUGUGGUACUCCAGAGUUUAUGGCUCCAGAAAUUGUUGCAGGUAAGCCAUAUGAUAGAAGUGUUGACUGGUGGGCAUUUGGUGUGUUAUUGUUCCAAAUGUUGUUGUGCCAAUCUCCAUUCAAAGGUGAUGAUGAGGAUGAUAUUUUCAAUGCCAUUGAGAAUGAUGAAGUUAAGUACCCAAUAAACUUAUCUAGACAAACAGUAUUGGUACUACAAGCAUUAUUAACCAAGGAUCCUUCUCAACGUCUUGGUAGUGGUCCACGAGAUGCCGAAGAAAUUAUGGAACAUCCAUAUUUCCAUGAUGUUAACUUUGAUGAUGUGCUUCAUUGUAGAAUCCCAGCACCAUAUAUUCCAGAAGUUCAAUCUGAACAUGACUAUUCCAAUUUUGAUCAAGAGUUUACUUCUGAGACUCCAAGAUUAACUCCUGUUGAAACUGUUCUUACUUCUGAAAUGCAAGAACAAUUUAGAGGAUUCUCCCAUAUAUCUGAGCAUGCCCAGAUAUAG